ACUUGAGUCGGAGAAGAAGAAGAAACGACGGCGGCGGCGACUACAUCUUCUCCAUGGAAUUAUAGCAUUCUUCAUACAGAAUUUUUAUCAAUGGCGCCCGUUUUCCUGCCAAUGAGGUCGCUCCUUCUCUUCCUUUUCUUUUCGUCAUCGUUGUUCGGCGGCGCAGCGCCGGACGAUCUCGCAUCCGAUCGUGCUGCGCUCCUAGCCUUCCGAGCUGCCGUAUUCAGAGACAGCCACCGGUGGAACACUUCUGACCCCUCUCCGUGUGCCUUGGACGGAGUCACCUGCUCCGAUAACCGCGUCACCGAGCUCCGCCUCCCCGGCGCCGACCUCUACGGCCGAAUCCCACACGGAACGCUGGGUAAUCUCACAGCUCUCACAGCCGUCAGCUUACGUUACAACCUUCUCUAUGGAACUCUCCCGCAAGACUUCACCGCGCUCGUCAAUCUACGCUUGCUUCAUCUCCAGAACAACCGCUUCUCCGGCGAGAUCCCUCCUCCCAUCUUCGCUCUUCGUCAGCUCGUCCGCCUUAACCUGGGGGGAAACUUAUUUCAUGGCGUAAUUCCUCAGGAUUUCAGCAAACUUACCAACCUCUAUGCGCUGCUUCUUGACCGCAACCGGCUGUCCGGCGAGAUCCCUGAUCUCCGGUACCCUAACCUCUUCCUUUUCAAUGUGUCCUUUAACCAUCUCAACGGAUCUAUCCCUUCGAGCCUACGAGGAAUUCCAGCUAGUUCCUUCAUCGGUAAUUCCCUUUGCGGAGGUCCGCUUGCCGCCUGCCCUGGCGACAACUCGAACUUGGCGGCGCCAGCGCUGUCACCGUUGGGCUCUACCCACAUUUCCAAUAAAUCCGGAGGCAAAAAGAAACUCUCCGCCGGCGAAAUUUCCGGGUUUGCGAUUGGCGCGGCCGUCGCCUUCUUGAUCCUCCUGCUCCUCCUCAUGGUCCUCUGCUUCCGAGCCCGCAAAGAGGGCGAGGCAAAGCCAAAGGAGGUGCGGAAAUUGCAGCCCGAAGCGGAGAUGGCGUUGAGGGGCAAGCGAGACACUCCAGACAAGAAGACGGAACUGCCGUCAGUGGCGUCUUCGCCUUUGCCAGUCUCGGGAGGGGCAAACGGGGUCGGUCGGAAACUAGUCUUCACCGGGAAGGUUCAGAGGAUCUACGACUUGCAGGACUUGCUACGAGCGUCGGCGGAGGUACUUGGGAAAGGGACGAGUGGCACGACGUACAAGGCGAUGCUGGAGAUGGGGAUGGUGGUGGCGGUUAAGCGCCUCAGGGACGUCAGUCUCUCGGAAAAGGAGUUCCGCGAGAGAAUGGAUGCCAUCGGCGCCAUGGACCACCCCAACCUGGUCGCCCUUCAGGCCUACUACUACAGCAAAGACGAGAAGCUUCUGGUCUAUGAAGUCGUACCCAACGGAAGCCUCUCCUCCCUUCUCCACGGAAACAAAGUGUCUGGUCGCGAGCCUCUCGAUUGGGAGACAAGGUUGGAGAUUGCGCUCCGCUCAGCCCGCGGCAUCGAGUUCAUCCACCUGAAAGGCUCCGGCUUCUCCCACGGCAACAUUAAGUCGUCCAACAUCAUCCUCACUAAAACUUACGACGCUUGCGUCUCCGACUUCGGCCUAAGCAGCCUAGGCUCCGUCGCGAUGCCCGACCAACGCUCCGUCGGCUACCGCGCGCCGGAGGUCACCGACGUGCGCAAGGUCUCGCAGAAGGCCGACGUCUACAGCUUCGGUGUUCUUCUGAUGGAGCUACUCACUGCCAAAUCUCCGACGCAGACGCCUCACAGCGACGACAGCGUCGACCUCCCAACAUGGGUCCGAUCCGUGGCCGCAGUGAACUGGAGAACGGAAGUGUUCGACGUCGAACUGUUGAGAGAUGAGAAAGCUGAGGAGGCAAUGAUGCAGCUGAUGCAGCUGGCCGUCGACUGCGCUGCGCUGGUCCCCAACCACCGCCCGUCGAUGUCGGAGGUCGUAGCCCGCAUUGAAGAGAUUCCGUGAGGCGAACAAAACGGCAGCGCAAACUUCGACGUGCCGGCGUGUUUCCAUGGCGACUGUUCCAUUCGAUUGUGCUGUGUUAUCCUGGACGUGAAAUGUGAAAUUUUCGUCUCUUAAGCACGUUGUUUAUUAUUAUUGCUUU